UGGCACGGGACGGACACACCAGUUUUCCCCCCUCCCUCUCUUUCUCUCUCUUCCUACUACUCUCUCCCUCUUCCUCUACUACUCUCUCUUUCUCUCACCUAUUUUCCUCUCGCUCGCACCCUAUCAAUUCCUCUCUCACGUCUUUCUCCAUCCAGUAGUCAACCAACCCUGAACAACCCCUUCUGUCUAAACAAGCGGAGUAUAUCUUGCGAGUUAAGGACAAAGCUCACGCGAUUGGUCCAUUCCGAAAUCUACCCCUGACUGUUCCAACGUAACGCGGACCAUCGAUCGCCGCUCCUACCUAUGAGAAAACGCGAAUGCCGUCCUCUCAAUGCUAAACUCCGCCCCGCAACCCUCUCUCGUAGAACCCCAACAACUUUUAGCUUAGUCACUACACGAGAUACAACCCCUAUCGUUGCUCCCUACCUUUCAUCCCCCUCCCUCGCUCCCUUCGUUCAAAAACCACUUUCCACGCCUCUCCACAUCCCAACCCCAACGUUUUGUACCUCUCUCUGCUUUUGCUUUUCACUCUCUCAACAACCCACCUCUCGAGAGUGUGCUACUCUCUUUUUCGAGUCGCGGGAGAGCGAAAGAGAGCGCGCGCACGAGGGAGAGAGAGAGAGAGAGACGUGUGUGUACAUACGGGCACGUGUGCAUGUUUAUCGUUUGUGUACGAGAAGAAGAGAGAGAGACAGUGACGCGCCGACAUGUACGUGUGACCUGCGGUUUUCUACGGCGUUUGCAACCCUUGGUGCCAAGCGGAGUACCGAUCAUCAGUCCGUCGCUCGCUGUAAACCAACCACCCCGCCUGCCUCUUUACGUCCACGACACGAUUAAACACUCAAGACCCCAUAAAAACAGAAACUAUAUCCAUCACAGUCGAAAUUAUUCCCCAAAAAAGAAUUAUUCCCUAAAAAGAACCAAAAAUAAUUAUUCCCAAAGUCCAAAUUGUUUCCAAAAAGAAGCGACUUUCGAAAAAAUUAUUCCCAACGUCCAAAUUGUUCUCAAAAAGAAAUUCCCAAAAAAAUUAUUCCUAAGGUCCAAAUUGUUCCCGAAGAAAUUAUUCCUAACGUCCAAAUUGUUCUCAAAAAGAAAACAUUUCCAAAAGUAUAAAUUCUCCACAAAAUAGCCAACUAUAAUCAAAAGAGAAACAACAACCCCAAGAGAAGAAACUUCCCCCAAGGAAAACACCUCCCCGAAGGAAUUCGCAAAUUGUAAAUUCCCAAUCAGUCAAUUGAUCCCAAUGAUCAAAUAAAUCAGCAAUCAAGAAACAUCUCCAAAAAAACACCAAAGAAUCAUCAUCAUGAAUAUAUAACUUUAUAAUAGAGCUAUACUAAAUUAAAAAGUCAUUACUGACUAUACAGGGGUAAGAAUACAAAAUUUCCAAUUGUAAAGUGGCAGGCCGCGAAAUUAGGCAGUGAUUAGUGAAAGGAAGUGGAAAUUGUGAGCCAUUUAUACAUGAAGAAGAGCAGGAGUGGUGCUUGAAAAAGAGGGGUUGUGAGUGAAGUACGCGGGGAGAGAGACUGAUUGAGAAAAAGAGUGGUGGGAUCCUUUGAGGGUGGGGUUCAGCAAAAGAGUGGGCGAGGGGGGUGACUUUAGCAAAGCGUCUUGUCCCCUAUCAUCCUGUCGUCCAGGUAUCGCUUACGAAUGUCGGUCGAUCGUUCGAAUCGUCGACGCGUUCAUCCGUCGGAUAUGUGGUUUUGUUAUUGCUGAUAAUCAUGUUACCGGGAUUUGCAACAACAAUGGUGCGGUACAAGAUGUUUGUGUUCGGUGUAUUAACCCUUAAAUUACGUCAAUGACAGCACUGGAAUUAAGGAUCAAAAAAGAAGAAGAAAUAAAGAAAAAUAAAAAACCAUUCGGGACUUUUGAUCACAAAAAAGUCAAGUCACCGUCAACGGUGAAAAACUUGAGAGGCGGAUGAUUAAAAGGACAUGUCGGGUGAAAUAGAAAUUGAAGUGUCCGUUGUAUCGGAAGAGGAUUUGGAGUUGGAAAAUUCGUGCAGUAGUUCAACGCCCGCCGAAAUGUUACUACAGGAGAAAAAUGGUAAAAGUGCUUGUGGACUUGGAAAUCCAUUUAGUUUUGAUGUUGGUAAGGCGACAUUGAGGCCGGUUUGUAAUCCGCAAUAUACGUCGUUUAGUAUUUCGAAUAUUCUUGGUAGAUCGGAAUCGCCGACGGCUGACUCGACAUCGGUGUCUGGUGAACGUCAAUCGGACGCCGAUAGAUCGUCGCCAUUAAAUCCACCGAAUUCGCAGAAUAAUCAAAGACUUAUAACGUGUGUGAGUCCCGUUUCGCGAAUAUUGUCGCCCUCACCAUUAAAACUCGCUAGUGGACAAAGACUGAUUAAUCAUUCAACGGAAACGAGGAGUAAUUCCGUUGGCAUUGGAUGCGCCAUCAAUACAACGAGCCCAGUGUCGAGUUAUUCUUCAAGUGAUGCGAAUAAUACGAUGAUUGGUCAUCAAGCGUCGGCUGAUCUCGCGAUGCUUUCCAGGUUAGGUUUAAUGUCAUCGAUAAUUACGGGUCGAUAUCCAGUCAAUAUUGCGGGAGUUGGAAGUGUAUUUUUUCCACCGGCAUUUCAACACCUUCAUCAGCAACAGCAUCAUUCAAGAUUAACCGCAGCGUCAACUGCAUUAAGUAAUGCGGUUGUCGCUGGACAAUCGGAUAUCACUGAUGCAGAUGGCAUUCGGGGCGUUUUACCAGGUGGUCCAGGUUGGCCUUUUUGGAGACCGUCUCCGGGAAUUCAAACUCUGGACCAUCAUUCCACCAGCGAGGUGGUCAGUUCUUUGAAUCGUAUCAGUCCUGGAUCUGCCUCCUUUCCUCAAAGAGAAGAAUUGGAGGACGACAAUCCGAACGACGAUCGUCUGCACCGGACAAGAAGUCCAUCGAGCGGUGAUGAAGGUCACGAUGACCUCGGAGAUGGUGACGAUGGUCCCGAUGGUGACGGCGAAGGCGAAUCAACCGGCUCCACAGGCCAUCACGGGAACAGCAACGGCACUUCAGGUCAAAAUAUGCAAGUCGGCGACGGUCGCGAUUCCGGAAGUAUAAAACGCAAAAAGAAAACGCGAACCGUCUUCUCCAGGUCGCAAGUAUUUCAAUUAGAAAGCACAUUCGACAUGAAACGCUAUCUAUCAUCCUCGGAGCGAGCUGGUCUUGCGGCCUCCCUCAGGCUAACCGAGACCCAGGUGAAAAUCUGGUUUCAAAAUCGUCGUAACAAGUGGAAAAGACAAUUGGCCGCUGAUCUCGAGGCAGCAAAUAUGGUUCACGCUGCGCAGCGUCUCGUGCGCGUACCAAUUCUCUAUCACGAUGCAUCAGCUGGAAAUACAGUGUCCGCCAGUGCCGGCAGUGUCUCCGUAUCGCCCCAGACUCAACAAACCCCAAAUGCCACCCCAUCGUCUCUCUCGCAUUCCGUCGGUGUCGGACCGGUCAGCGUUGGUGUUGGCGUCGGCACAUCCUGUGCACCCACCUCCGCUCAACAAAUCUUCUACUCCCAUCACCAUCACCAUCACCAUCAUCCGGGUCACGUACAAGCCCACAGUUUGCUGCCCCACCAAGUUCACCCUCAACCACCGCCUCCACCGCCACCACCCCCGAAUCCACAACCCCCUCCUUCCUCGACUCAAUAACCUUCCCCCAUCGAGAUUGCCCUCCCCUUUACCCGCCCCACCACGCCAACACCCCAUCAAGCCUACCAUCACUAUUACCAAACGUUUCGUACUCGUCCGAUUGUCCAACUAAUUAAUAUCGACGAGUAAACGUGACAUUCACAAUUAUAUAUUAAAUAUAUAAAUAAAUAUAUAUAAAUAAAUAUACAUAAAUGUAUAUAUGUAUGUCUACGGUGAGAUCACUAUUUUCUAUGCCCGUCCAUAAACGUAGUCUCAGAUAGCGUGCUUUACCCUCAUCUCGAUUACGACUAUUUCAAUUUCGAGUGAUUCUUGUACGCGCACGUGAUAUCUUUGCAUCUCCUGUAAUUUUUAUUAUUGUUUGUUUGCUGAAUAGUGUAUUAUGAUAAGAGUAUGAAUGAGUGAAUAUGAAAACGACGAAUGGACAUUCUAACUGUCGUUAGAAUCAA